CCGCAGUGGAGAAGCGCGCGCAUACAAGACAGCCAAACCGCACCUGUCGUCUUUCGUCAGGUGUCAAGCCGCUUGAGAAUAAGUUGCUGUCGAGAGUAUUUCCAGCCCCACUCGAUGUCAUACCGCCCCUCCAGCCCCUCGAUGGUGUCGCCAUGUGUCCGCUCCUCCACCAGCCGCCUGAAGGAAUCCUUGGGCUCCAGCUGAACCUUAAGCUCCUUGACGCCGCGGAUCUUGAGCAGCUACUUGACACAGGCAAUGCCGAACUCACCGGCGGCAUCGCCAUCGCCCAAAUCGUCAGGCACUGCAGUGACACAGCCAGACAGACGGGCACAUACAGGACGCAAUGGGCUGCCAUCUGAAUGGAGGCGAUUGUUGCAGCUCACCUUCUACACGAACAUCCAGCCGUUCGAUGGUCGGCAGCUGCUCCGCCAUGUCCCCCCACGUCAGCCCCCCCUCACCCACACCCGUCACCCACCAGGCCUCAAAACACUCCAACUCCCUCUCCCCGCCCACCGCCUGCAGCACCCCCACAGCUUGCUCCUCUGUCGACUCCCGGAAGUCAAUGCGUUUGACCGCCGGCAUCUUGGUCAGCAGACGGCGGCCACUCGCACGCACCUUGCUGGAAUAAAUCGACAGACGCGAUGCGGUGGGGAAUGCGUUGUGAGGCAUGCUGUCAAUCACAAUCGCAUCAGGCUGCUCGGCGUCAUCCUCGGGCUCCCAAUUGUCUUCGCAGACCUCCACGGUCGUCGCACUGGGGAAUGUCAGGGACUGUGCGAGUGCGAUGGCAGCGGGGCUGGGCGUGUCGAGUGCGUUGGCGAAGUGCUGGGGUGCGACGAAGAAGUCGGCCCUGAGGGCUUUGGCUGCCAUCUGCUGUAUGUGCUUCUGCACGAAGGGGGAGGUCUCCGGGCGCGUGGGAGUGUCGCAGAGGAGCGACAGGUCGAAG